CAAGCCCGUGUCCUUGCUUCUUUGUCAUCCCUACCCAUCCACCCCAUCGCCAUCGCCAUCGCCGUCACAACCCUACAUCACACAAAAGCCUAGCCAACUCUCUUCUUGGGUCACACCCUCUACCCCUACCCUCAUAACCACCGAGACCUUCUCACUGAUAGACCUCACCACUCGACUUAGUCAAGUCCAUUGUUCACCCUCGCGCACGUUCUCACUACCGAUGCCUUUUGUCACAAUCUGAAACCAUCUCUUUCUUGUCAGCGCCAAUAAUCAUGCUUUACAUAUAGUCCACUUUGUAACUCUCCUCAUCAACUUCCAUCCUCAUCUGUCGUACCACUCAUCCUGGAACUCGUUCGUUUCAGACUCACACCUAAUACAUUCCAUCACAAUGUCAACAAUGGUCUUUGCAAGACAGCCACUCUCGCCACCACAUGUAUCUCCUUCCGCCCUUUCAUCCGUCGUGGUAUCUGAGAACGAGUCGACUCAUGGGCCUAAACAACCCGGUCCUACCUCAUUACUUUCGGCCAUGAUCAACUCACCGGAUCAUCGAACGUCUCAGUCUCGACCACAACCCUCAUCUGCCGGCCUCACCACCUCCGCUUCGUCGGCUUUGUCCAGCCCGCACAGCAUCCCUGAUCCUAUCCUUCGCCGAUCCAGUGUCACAUCCGCAUCCGAUCAUGGAGAGCCGCAUGCACAUCUGAGUUUGCUGGAAGCUCUGGAUGGCGUCAGCACCAAACUAGGUUUGGUUGCUCGAGGUGAUGCUGCAGAUAAACCUCGAACAUCCAGGCGGAGGUGUUCACUCAAGUUCGAGGUGGCACCUGUCACCAAGGGAUCCGACCUUAAUCAUCACGCGGAUCAUCCUCCUCUCGAUACAAUUGUCCCUGCCGAUGACUCAGACUCCGAUGAUGGCUAUAUGGAUGAUCUCGAUGAAGGAUCUGAUAGUUCGGCGGAAUCAUCCACAGAAUUUCCUUUUGCUCGUCCAACACAUUACGGACCUCGUCGUUCUCCUACUCCCUCUCCACCUGUUUCAGGGGCCAUUUCCCCCCC